ACUGUUAACACCAGCAGCCCUCUCAAACCUCUCCAGGACCAGAACCAACCCGGACUUCCUCUAUCAUUUCUCUCCCAGGUCAAACAACAACAUGGACCCUCUCAACACCACCUCUCUCCCGUGGCUCCCUGACGCCGCCCCCCUGUCCCAGGUCUCCCUGCAGGUUCAAGAGGUGUACCCGUUCCACGACGGCUGGAACAUAGCGUGCUUCGUCAUCCUCCUCCUCUUCAUCCUCACAGUAGUCUCCCUGGCAGCCCUGGCCUUCCUCUACGAGCUGCUGGACUGUGGCUGCUGUGUCAAGGGGAAGACCCAUCGUGACCUGAUGGAAGAGGAAGGACCCUUCCAGAACAUGGUGGACAAGAUCCACAGUCCCACGGGGUCACAAACCGAGGUGGUGUAAGGGGGGUUAAGGGGUCGUUGCCACAGUGACCAGGGCCAAGCAGGAAGUUAGGUCAUGACCGUUGACCCUGAAUCUGAACCCGAGACUGACUGUGCUGUGUGCUCACAGUUGUAGAACAGUGAGACUGCACCUUCGUAUGUGUGAGAUUGUGUGUGUGUGUGUGUGUGGGGAAUGGUGGUGUUAUCUAUUCAAAGCACGUCAGCAGGGAAGGCAGGAGAGAAGAAGAGCUCUCCUUUGCCAAGUCCAGGGUUUUGACAAGUCUAUUAUUCGACGGAUGUUAAAGCCUAGCCUGCAUCUUCAUCCCAUCACCACAUGUUAAGUACAAGACAUACCAUUCGAGACAGCUAAAGACACAGAGGAGAUCCACAAUGAUAGCCAACCCUCUAGGACCCUACAGAGCAAGAAAGUCACCCAAAGUCAAAGACCAAGACGACCAAAAAUUAAAGUAACUGUCGUAGUGUUUCCAGAUUUCUAUGAAAGUCCCCUG